AUGGUAGUGACUACUCAAAACUUAAUGUAUAUGAUGUGGAUCAACUGUUGGCGUCGAAAGUACUUUAUAGCCACUGGCUGUGUUGUCUGGAUCUUCUUCUACCUUUACAUCCACUACUCUGUUGACUCAGGAGAUGAACAAGGGUCUGAUGGUCUCAACGUCAAAUAUCCGGUCAACAUUCAUUCAUCGCACUCGAAUCAGUUCUUAGCCAAGUUAAGCUCUAAACGUAUGAAACCACCAACUACAGAGUCUCCUACACCUUCAAACAAAGAGUUUACAAUGAGUCCAGCAUUGAUAGAACCGUGGCCAAUCCUACAGUUUUCUAAAUUUUUUAAAACUCGUGCCAAUACAGAUGCUGAAGUGGUAGACAAAAGGAAGAAAUCUAUCAGAGAGAAAUAUGUAGAGCAAGGAAUAAAGCCAACUUCUUUCGUAGUGAGAUCUAGACCUAAAUUUGUUAGUGCACCAGUCAAUGUGACAUUAACUAUUCCACCAAAAUUUCCAGCUUUCGUUCCACCGCUAAGGUUAGUUCAUUUCGACCUGAAAGGUGCACCACCAAAAAUAUCAUUUUUCAAAUCCAUCUUUCCACUGAUAAGGCAAGCUGGUGCAAAUGGGAUACUGAUGGAAUAUGAAGAUACUUUUCCGUUCUGGGGUAACUUGUCAAAUAUAGCAACAAGUACUUCUUACAAGAAGAAUGAGCUGAGAUAUAUUUUAGAGUUGGCGAAGAACAAUAAAUUGAAAGUUAUACCUCUAGUCCAGACGUUUGGCCAUUUGGAGUUCGUUCUCAAGCUUGAAGAAUUUAAGCACUUACGAGAGGUAGAAGACAUUCCUCAAUCUCUGUGCCCUACAAAUAACGGUAGUCUAAAAUUAGUGAAAAAUAUGAUUGAUCAGAUAAUGUCACUGCAUCCAGACUCUCAAUGGUUGCAUAUAGGAAGUGAUGAAGUUUAUCAAUUAGGACAUUGCUCAAGAUGUUCCAGAUAUGAACGCAAUAGUUUAUUUUUAGCAUAUGUAAAGAAAGUGGCAAAAUACGUACGAGAAAAGCAUAACGUAACGCCUAUAAUUUGGGAUGAUAUGCUGAGACAUACUACUGUAGCAGAAUUGAAGAAGUAUGAAAUGGGGAAAUUAGUUGAACCUAUGGCUUGGUCCUAUGUUGAAGAUGUGUAUUUAUUUUUACCAUCCAGCCUUUGGGAGAAAUAUGGCGAAGUAUUUCCUUAUAUGUGGACGGCAAGUGCUUUCAAAGGAGCAUUUGGGGAAACAUUAACUGUUCCUGAUGCAAAACGUCACCUAGAAAACAAUAAAGCCUGGUUAACCGUUAUGAGAGAACAAAAUAGCACUUUUAAAGGAUUUCGAGGAAUUGCCUUGACUGGUUGGCAAAGAUAUGACCACUUUGCUUCAUUAUGUGAGCUUUUACCAGCUGCUAUACCAUCGUUGAUACUAAAUCUUCUGACGGUAUCAAAAGGCCGAUUUGAUUAUGAAGUAUUUCCGAAAAUGCAAGAACUUUUAGAGUGCUCAUCAAGGAUGCAUUAUCACCUGGACUUAGAUCAUGAUCCCAGCAUGUGGAAGGCGUUGGGUGUUUGCUUUUUUCCUGGUUCAUCAGUUUUCAGAAUCACUCUGAGACACUAUGACGUUACUAAAUCUCUUGACAAAUAUAUCUAUGACAUAACUGUUCACAAAGGAUGGAUGACAGAAUAUAAUGUUAAUCAUAACUUUUCAAGUCCUUUAAGAGUCAAUGAAAUGCUACGAGACUUCAGUUACUACAACUCAUCGCUACAAAUGCUUCAAGAAGCAGCUGUAAGAGCUCUCAGAGAGGUUUAUGAUGACGAUACAGUCAGUGAAUGGAUUGAGCUAAACAUAUAUCCAUAUGUGAAGAAAAUGAAUGAAAUUUGGAAACAUGGCUUGAAGUUGAAGAAAUAUCAAACAUGGCCUCGUAGACCAUUAGCAAGACUUAUAAGUUUACCUGCCAAAUCAAAUGUUGAUUUGGGUUUUGUGACUUCCUGA